GGGGGAGGGGCGGCGCUGCCCCUCCCCCUCCUGCUGCUGCUGCUGGCGCCCCUCCCCCCCCCGGCGGCGCGGGGGGCGCCGUUCCGGCCCGUGGUGGUCGUGCACGGGCUCUUCGACAGCCCCGGCGACUUCCGCCGCCUGCGGCAGUUCAUCAACGAGAGCCACCCGGGCGCGGAGGUGACGGUGCUGGACCUCUUUGACCGGGGCGCGUCGCUGCGGCCGCUGUGGCUGCAGGUGGCCGGGUUCCGCCGGGCGCUGGCGCCCAUCAUGGCCAACGCGGCCCGGGGGGUUCACCUGCUGGGCUACAGCCAGGAAUUCCCCUAA